GUGCGGUGGUUCAAGAUGACGGCGCCCAGGAGUUUCUUGAACGAUUUGGACAGCAGUAGCAGCAGCAGCGACACAGAGGAGCUGGCGCGAUGCCGCGAGGCGGCGAUGCCGGCCUGGGGCUUGGAGCAGCGCCGGGGAGGGCCGGAGGAGAAAAGAGCCGAUGCUGCAAAUAAUCAGUUGCCAACCACCCAUCUGAGCCUCAGGCAUAAGGUGGAUGAGCAUGAACAAGAUGGCAACGAGCUUCAGACCACCCCCGAAUUUCGAGCCCACGUAGCCAAGAAGUUGGGAGCCCUGCUGGACAGCUCCAUUACCAUCUCAGAAGUUGUGAAGGAGCCAACAAAGGCUGAGGUACAGGAAGUCGUUCUGGAAGACGAUGGCUUCCGCCUUUUCUUCACCUCUGUCCCUGAAGGCCCUGAGAAGAAAGCUGCUCCCCAGCCCUGCCGAAAGCGAUUGCCUUCCAGCUCCAGCAGCGGGGACAGCGAUGAGUGGCAGCGGUGCCAGGAGGCCGCUGUGUCGGCCUCUGACAUUCUCCAGGAGUCUGCUCUCCAUGGCCCUGUCAAGGUAGAAAAAGAAACAAAGAAGAAGAAAAAGAAGUCGAAAAAGGAAGCCAAGAAGGAGUCCAGCACAGACUUGACCACAGCCACCAUCACCACAAGCAGGGCCGGGAAGCAAGAAAGGGAGUCAGCUAAGCUCAACGGAGACCAUGUGUCACUUGGAACCAAAAAGAAGAAAAGGAAGAAAAAGACAAAGAGGGCCAGCGAGGCUUCCCCAUUCCCGCCGUCACAGAGCACAGCAGCCGUGCCUGCAAACUGACCCAGGAGCGGACCCGAGGCCCACUCAUCCCUGUGACGAGGCCCCACUGGGACGAGGCAUUGCCAAGCCCUGCCUCCCUCAAGUUCAAGGAGCUGGCUGGCAAGUUCAGAUGCUGCCCAAGACUCGGGGCAAAGCCGUGGCUGUAGAGUGAGAAGGCUAAGCCAGGCCUGCCCUCCUGUGCUCCCACGGGGGCCGAGCAGACCGUGUUACCAGGACACUCUGUGGUCUCAGGACGAAGGAGCCUUCCGAUUAGUCAAG